AUGAAGCUGUCCGUGUCGGCUUAUAGAGCCCAGGCCAGUGCUCACAAGAAGAUCCUCUGCAGUUAUCAGCAUCAGCUGAGCUACGGGGCGACUAAUCAGGCACCCUCGGCCCGGACCCCCUCAGACCCCGCGGCGGUCCUUCCUGGUCUCAAGGUGGAUCGGGCGGAGAACGAGGAGGCCCUGGCGUCGUGUUCGGCAUACGGUAGCACUGCUUCCGGUACCAGAAUGGGACCAGGUCCCGAUUCCGGCAGCAGUGCUCCCUCUUCGGCCCCGCACUCCUUGGCCACGUCGCGCGACGACGAGGACGACGAGGACGAGGAAAGCAGCGGACGCCGGUCUAAUAAUGGUCAGGGAGGGUCACGGUCACCGAGAGGGUGCCAGCGCCAAGGUUCCCUCGGGAAACCCUUCGGCGACGGCCCCGCCGGGAGCCCGGCGACCUCGAACUCCCUGGACAGCAUCGGCCUCGACGCCGAGGUCAUCGCCGCGGCCAGAAGACCCCGUAGUACGCGCGGCUCCCAAAAGUGGAGUAACGUUCGCGCCGUCAUGGCGCUCUAUUCCUCGCUGCGCAAGAUCAAGAGAACGAAGAGCAACCAGCGGUGGAUGAAGCUGCGCACGACGGUGCAGUUGUCCUCGGCCAUAUCGACCAUCCAGAAGAAGCCACCGCUGAAGCGAGAGGACUCCUUCCUGAAGCGGUUCUCCACCCGGCAGAUACCGGAGAGCCAGGAAACGCUGGACACGGCCGAGGGCGAAGGCGACGCCAACGACGAGAAGGACUCCGGGCGUCGUCGUCGCCGGCCGCGCCGUCCCCAGAAGCCCCCAAAGACCGUGGUGAACCCCGACGAGAACUUCUACUACUACUGGCUGAUGUUGCUCUCGGCCUGCGUCCUCUACAACCUGUGGACGCUGAUCGUCAGGCAGAGCCUGCCCGAGCUGCAGGCGCUGGCGCCCGAGGCCUGGCUCUCCUGCGACAGCUUCACCGACGUCGUCUUCUUCCUGGACGUCGGGGUCCAGAUCCGCACCGGCUACCUGGAACAGGGUCUGAUGGUCUACAACAGCAAGAAACUGGCCGGCCACUACCUCAAGUCCAAAUCCUUCGUCCUCGAUCUGCUCGCCCUCCUGCCCCUGGACCUGCUACAGGUCAACCUCGGCAGCAACCCCAUGCUCAGGUUCCCCAGGUUCCUCAAGGUCUACCGGGUCUACAACUACUACUACAUGGUCGAGUCGCGCACCGUCUACCCGAACCUCUGGCGGGUGCUCAAUCUCAUCCACAUACUGCUGAUACUCGCCCACUGGUUCGGGUGCUUCUACUACCUCCUCAGCGAGGCCGAAGGCUUCCAGGGCGAUUGGGUCUACCCCUAUCGACCCGGCGAGUACGCCACCCUCACCAGGAAGUACCUGGGCUCGCUCUACUGGUCCACCCUCACCCUCACCACCAUCGGCGACCUGCCCACUCCAGAGACCAACGCCGAAGUCGUAGCGGGCGGCAAUCCCCGGAGCCUCGCUCGUCGUGGCCGACUGUCCCGGCUUCUGCAGUUCAAGCAUAACGGAGGAUACGUCUUCACGAUAGUGAGCUACCUCAUCGGGGUCUUCAUCUUCGCGACGAUCGUCGGCCAAGUCGGCAACGUCAUCACCAAUAGGAACGCCAAUCGGCUCGAGUUCGAGAGACUCCUGGACGGGGCCAAGACAUACAUGAGGCAUCACAAGGUCCCAGGGGGCAUGAAACGCAGGGUGCUCAGGUGGUACGAUUACAGCUGGUCCAGGGGCAGAAUCCAGGGCGGCGGGGACAUCAACACCGCCCUAGGGCUGCUCCCCGAUAAGCUCAAGACCGAGCUGGCCCUCCACGUCAAUCUCUCGGUGCUUAAGAAGGUCACCAUCUUCCAGGAAUGCCAGCCGGAAUUUCUGCACGACCUCGUCCUCAAGAUGAAGGCAUACAUCUUCACGCCCGGCGACUCGAUAUGCCGCAAGGGAGAAGUGGCGCGAGAAAUGUUCAUAAUUGCAGACGGCAUCUUGGAAGUGAUCAGCGAAACCGGAAGGGUCCUCACCACGAUGAAAGCUGGCGACUUCUUUGGCGAAAUCGGCAUCCUCAAUUUGGACGGCCUCAAUAAGCGCACAGCGGACGUUCGCUCGGUCGGCUAUUCCGAGUUAUUCAGCCUCUCUCGAGAAGACGUCCUAGCAGCGAUGAAGGAUUACCCGGAAGCCCAGGAGAUCCUAAAGAACCUGGGUAGGAAACGACUGAUGGAAGCGCAGAGGGUAGCUCGAGCCUCUCGCCAACCAACUUCGCCCGGCCACGACUCCUCCGACAACAGUACGAGCAAACGAAUAGUGGACAAGCUGAAGAGCGACGUAAAAGGUCUGAAGAAUGUCCUCAGGAAGAGCAGGCGGAACACCAAGCCCGACGAAAGCUUGGAACUGCAGCCCUUAACGCCGAAAGUCCCACCCUUGAGGAGGCAAAAGAAAGUCGACGACAGUCAAGAAACCUGCGCCGCUAACCUGGAGCCCCCGAUAUCACCUCUCGGAGCGGGUUUGCCCUUACUGUCCAGACUACGAUUGCUUAAGGAAAAGCAAGACCGAGAGGAGAGGAAGACCCUGAUGGAGCUGCCGAGUCCGUUGGCGGAGCAGCAGCAAUCCUCGGUCGACUCGGGUGCCCAGGUGCCCACCAACCAGAACUUGCCAUUCCUUCAGCGAAUAUUAUUACUGAAGAACAAGAACCCCGAUCAACCGACUCUGGGAGAUCGAGAGCUCCUGGCGAAGGAGCCUCUGCUGCCGAAGCAAAACGUAUCCAGUGAAAGCCAAGAAACCCAGCGGAGACCGUCCGUGGGAUCUAGCACGCAGUUUCAGCCCGCAGCACCCAGGUCCCCGACUACGUCCAUGGGCAGCGGAAACGGAGGAGCACCCAAAAAGCCCUGGGCCAUGCUGAAGGACGCGUCCUUAACGACCGCCAGAGACAACACCUCCCAGGUAGGCUCGCCAUCGAGAAGGCAGCUCAAGCAGAGCCUCGUCCACCUCAGACAAGAGACCAAGAUGUACGCCUCCGUCGACGACCUGUCGCCGGAGUACUGCGGGCUGCCUUUCGUCAAGAAGCUGAAGAUCUUGAACGAGCGGCAGAAGUUAGCCGAGCUGGAGAAAGCGGCUAGGAGCUCGAGCUUGGACUCCGGCGAGAACGCCGAGACCAAAUUCAACGGGAAUCUCACUAGGAGCCACUCGGAGGCCUGUGCGAUAGAAUAUAGUAGGCAGCUGGCGAAGCUGAAUCAGGAGCAGGAGGGACGAUCGCCGGAUCAAACGUCGAUGUCCCCCGAGAACGAAACCGUGGAGAGGCGGAACCUGAAAAGCAUCCUGAAGACGCUCUCGGCGGGCAGCAGGACGGGCAGCUCCGAGACCUCGGCGACCAGCACCCCGGACAGGAAGGUCGCCACCACCGCCGAGCAGAGGAAGCUCAUGAGGGCCCCGACCAUCGAAGGCUACGUCGCCCGACACUCGAAGUUGUCGAAGAGCGUCACCUUCCACAAGUACACCUUACAGAGCCCGCCGUCCGAGCAACCUCCUGGGAAUUCGUUGCUCGACGACCGGUCCGGGACCCUGGUCGAGGCCGAGAUAGAAGUCAAAGCCGAGACCCAAGAGCAGAUUCCGCUGCCGUCGCCCAAUAAAAUUAGCUUCCGUCCUCUGGGCAGCGGGACUGGCCUGCAAAUGGUUCCUCGGCCGCGGGAUGAUGAAUACCUCGGGGAACUCGUUUCGGGGAUCAGAGACGUCAUUCAAUCGCGACUGGAGGACAUUCAGAACAAGUUCGAGUACCAGUUCACGUCGCUGGAGUUCGAGGUCCGCAAAAGGGACGAGAUAAUCUCCCAGCUGCAGGCACGGAUCCAGGAACUGGAGCAGCGAGAAGCCCACGGGAUGGGAGACUCCAGCGACAGCACCGAGCCCGACGCCUCGAUAGAGGAAGACCCGGUCGGAGACAACGAGGAUCACCCCUUUAUGAGGGACGGAUCCGUCGACACGGUCCUGACUGCCCAGACGCAUCGUAGGCACUCUUCGCCGAUGACGGAUCCCUCCUGCAACCGCAGGUCCUGGGAGGAGCACUCCGAGGAGGAGACCCUGGAGCUGCAGGACCUGCCCAAGUCCAUAACGCCGCAGAGCCUGUGGAAGGAAGACGUAGCCAUAGACUUGGAGUCGAACAGCGAAGACAGCAAGUCCGGAGAAGAGGACGAGGGUGGCCACAAUAACUGGGAGGUGGCCAUGCUGGCUAAGGAAUUGGAGGCGCGACGACGGCGGAGUAGCGAAAGUUCUAGCCCAGGUUCCUAGCGCAUUAAUGAGAUUUUAGAACUCCUAUAUUGCUACACAAAUACAAUAAACUCCAGGGAGUGGUGCAAUCCUUUAGAGAGGAACGGUAGUGCAGCUUUUUGCGAAGACGAUUGUCCGUACUUAGAUUUCCCCGGUAUCAACUGCUGUAACGAAACCAUGAUGUAGCCUGGGAUACACUUAUUAUUAGCAGGGGUGUGGAGCGAAUACCCGUGAUGUUGCGUUACAUUGCGUAUAGUGAGAAAUAAUACGAACGGUGGAAGGAGAAUUAAUUCCGCGUGGCGUUACUACGU